CUACUUCUGAACCCAAAAGAAGCAAACUGGUUGUCUGUUAGUGAAACCUCUUCAAAGUUUCUUUCUUACAAUGAAAACAGAGAUAGAUGGGCUGUGGGUUUUCGCCAUCGCUGCGAAAUGCAGAGCGUUUUCGUAUGAUAACUAUGUCUCAUCUUUGUGUAUCUUGGUUUUAGUUUGGCUAGGGAUGGUCUUCCUCUACUGGGCUUACCCAGGAGGGCCAGCUUGGGGAAGGUAUGGAUGGAAAAGAGGGCCAGGGCAGAAGCCAAAGCCCAUACCGGGGCCAAGGGGUCUCCCUGUUUUAGGAAGCAUGAACCUUAUGGCCAAUCUAGCUCACCGACGGUUGGCUUCCACUGCGGAACGCUACGGAGCUAAGCGGCUCAUGGCUUUCAGCCUCUGUGAGACGCGUGUCAUCGUGACUUGUAACCCAGAUGUAGCCAAGGAGAUCCUCAAUAGCUCUGUCUUCGCAGAUCGCCCAGUGAAAGAAUCUGCUUACAGCCUCAUGUUCAACAGAGCAAUUGGGUUUGCUCCUUACGGUGUUUACUGGCGCACCCUUCGCAGAAUUGCAGCAACUCAUCUCUUUUGUCCCAAACAGAUCAGCAGCUCCAAAGCCCAGAGGUUCCAAAUCGCCUCUCAGAUGGUGUCCAUGUUCCACAGUUCUACGGAUGAAAUUCGUGUCCGAGACGCUCUGAAGCGGGCUUCUCUUAGUAACAUCAUGUGCUCUGUUUUUGGAUGGCAAUACGAACUCAAUUCCUCAAACAACGAAACUGAUGAACUGAGAGGGUUGGUUGAAGAAGGGUACGAACUGCUAGGUAAGCUCAACUGGUCCGACCAUCUGCCUUGGCUGUAUUGGUUCGACCCUCAACAUAUCCGACUCAGAUGCUCAAAACUUGUUCCCAAAGUAAACAAGUUCGUGAACAAGAUCAUCGCCGAGCAUAGAGCUCAAGCUCCAACUGGCCACAAAGAGAAAAUUGCCACAGACUUCGUCGACGUUUUACUUUCGCUUCAAGGACCUGAUAAGUUAUCGGAACCCGACAUGAUUGCCGUCCUCUGGGAGAUGAUAUUUAGGGGAGCAGAUACGGUGGCAGUUCUGAUAGAGUGGAUACUAGCAAGGAUGGCACUCCAUCCUGAAAUCCAAUUAAAAGUCCACGAAGAGCUCGACAGAGUAGUAGGGAAAUCACGACCGGUGACGGAAGAGGAUAUUCAGUCUAUGGUGUACCUGUCGGCGGUAGUGAAGGAAGUUCUCAGGCUACACCCACCAGGUCCACUCCUCUCAUGGGCCCGGUUAGCAAUCACGGAUACGACCGUCGAUGAUCGACACGUGCCAGCCGGGACAACCGCCAUGGUUAACAUGUGGGCCAUCAGCCGAGACCCAAACGUGUGGGCGGACCCGCUGGACUUUAAGCCCGAAAGGUUCGUAACCAAGGACGGUGAGGUGGAGCUCUCGGUAUUAGGUUCAGACAUGAGACUAGCUCCUUUCGGGUCGGGCAGGCGAGUCUGUCCGGGAAAAGUUCUGGGGUUGACCACAGUAAUCUUUUGGGUGGCGUCGCUGUUACACGAGUUCAAGUGGGUGGCGUCAGGUCAGAAUCCGGUUGACCUAUCGGAAGUGCUUAGGCUGUCAUGUGAGAUGGCCAUUCCUCUCACCGUUAAACUGCGGCCUCGGUGUGGUUAAAAGACAAAUUA